AUGUCAGUCAUGCCUACACAACCCUUCAUCCCCAUAGAUGAGCACGAUGAGCUCAUUACAGCCCUCCUCGCAGGGCGGUGGUGGGCAGUAAUGGAGGUUGAAGACCGUUUACACUCCUCAUCUGAAAAGGGUGAGUGUGAACAUCUCCCUUCGGGCCAGUGGUGGGGAAUAGUGGAGGAAGCACCUGUGCCCACUGCAUUCCACAAGGAAGCACCUGUUCUGGCCAUGUCCCCUGAGGGAGCCCCUGUGCUCACUGCGUCCCCCGAAGAAACACCUACUCUGGCCAGGACCCCUGAGGGAACACCUGUGAUCACUGCCUCCCCUGAGGAAACACCUGCUCUGGCCAGGUCCUCUGAGGGAGCACCUGUUUCUGCUGCAUCCUCCGAGGAAGCACCUUCUCCAGCCAGGACCGCUCUGAGGAGAAAAUUAACGAUCCCUACAAAUAUGAGGCAGUACCUGACAAGGGAUGUCAUUUUAACACCUUUGCCAUUAAGACCUCCAAAGGGACCUGCUCCACCUGCCAGGGCCCCAAAAGGAGCACCUGUUCCCUCUGGUUCUCCUGAGGGACUAUCUGUUCCAACUGGGUCCUCUGAGGAAGCACCUGCUCCAGCCAGGUCCUCAGCAGGUGCACCUGUUCCUACAGUGGCCUCCGUGGAAGCAUCUGCUCUGACCGGGUCCCCUGAGGGAGCACCUGUUUCUGCUGCAACCUCCGAGGAAGCACCUGCUCCAGCCAAGGCCCUAUUGAGGAGAAAAGAAACAAUCCCUGAAAAUAUGAGGCUGUAUCUGACAAGGGAUGUCAUUUUAACACCUUUGCCCUUAAGGCUUUCAAAGGGACCACCUCCACCAGCCAAGGCCCCAAAAGGAGUACCUGCUCCCUCUGCUUCCCCUGAGGAAGCACCUGCUCCAGUUAGGUCCCCCCAAGGAGCACCUGUUUGUUCCGCAUUCCCCAAAAAAACACCUGCUUCGGACAGGUCUCAUGAAAGAACACCUGUCUGCUCUGCAUCCCCUGAGGGAGCACUUGUCCCGGUCAGGUCUCCUGAGGGUGCACCUGUACCUGCCGCCUCCUUCGAGGAAGCUCCUGCUCCGGCCAAGUCCCCUGAGGGAGGACCUGGGCCCACUGAAUCUCCCAAGAAAGCACCUGCUCCAGCCAGGUCCCCUAAAGAAGUGCUUGGGCCCAACAAGCCCCCUUGGGAAGCAGCUGUGCCCAUCAUGUCCCUAAAGAGAGCGCCCAAACCCACUGCACCCCAACGGGGAGUACCUUGGAAAAGGCUUUGCCCAUGGAGUACUGGAGCUUUGGACAAUGUAGAUGUGGUUCAGCCACCUCCACACAAAAUACAACGUGUGAGAAAAGACCCUAAAGCCUCUGCAAGUUCCCAGCACACUUUGAGUAGAGGCAGUGCCUAA